AAUUUUUGCUAGCUGCUGAAGGUCAAGGUGUCUACCGAUCGUGUCGUGUGGUAAUAUAUGUAUGUGUGCGCGUUACUCAACUGUGUAGGCAUUAGAAGGAGCAUUUGUGAACGUUAACGAUCUGUCGCCAGCGCAUCUGCUGCCAGUUUAUUUUGAUUUCUGGAGCGAUUCAGACGUGCCUAUCUCUUGACGAAUAUCUGUGUGGUGGAAGAGCGAUAGAGUGCGGCGGGCGAAGCAGAUUGACUGGUACGGCGUUGAACGCGAAUACGAGUGCCAAAGAACGCGCAUGCAAAAUAAGCUACGAUAAUGUGCAAAUAAAAUAUGCGAACACAUAACAAAAAAUUAUAAAAAUACCUAUGUGCAUAGGUGUGUGGAAUUGUGACGUCACCGUGACGAUAAAAAUAAAAUAAGUGAUUAGCAAAAUAAAAAUUCUAUAGUUAAUCUCCCCGCGCAUAACUAUUAUCACAUCACACAUCAUCUAUGUAUGCGCAUACGUGAGAACAUAUUUUUUGAAAUUCUUUCCUUCUAACGUGAUUGUGCGUGCGUGUGUUUGCCGUUAUAGGUCUAUUGAAAUUUCCGUGGUUAUUAAUCGCUAUGACAUCCACCGCUAUCCGAUUAUUACUUCACCUUUUUGCCGUGUUUUUGCUGCAUUUAUAUGUGUGUGUACGCCCGAUACUGGCAGUAAGCCCCACAUACCCCUGCCUCUAUACGCAAACUGUCAAUAUAACCGAGGGUCUCCGGCUAAAAGAUGGCUCUUAUUCAUAUGAGGGCCUACUCAUACCGGCAAACAUGACAGCCCUCUACAAUUUUCAAGUGGUCGACGGCAUUCUGUCGACUGCGCCGUUACAUAUGCGCGGCUGCGCCUGCCGCCAACGGCCUUGUAUCACGUUCUGCUGCCCACCGGAACAAGUGUUCGACGAGUUAAGGCACAGUUGUGUGCUGCAAGCGCCGACGCUGAGCGCUCAGCAGCGGAGCGCACAGCGCGCUCAUAUCGAAGUGACUGCGGCCAAUGGCAGCGUCAAUGUGAUCAACGUGCGCGACAUGUUCAUUAUAAGCUACGAGACAGGCUGUAGCCGAAAGUACGUUGAUAAAGACAAUGAGCUCUUCUGGAAGUGGGACCUCUUUGCGAAUGGCUCACUUUCUAGCCUAGGCCGAAUUUGGAACACCGACGAAUAUUGUUUCACCCCAUUAGAGCACAAGAAAGUCUGGAGCUUAGUGCCACUUACCUGCGAACGUUCGGCGCACGGCUUUCGCCUUUGGAUUUAUGUGAUAUGUUUAUUUCUGGCGAUACUUAUCUAUGCAUUCAUAUUGCUGACCCUGGUAUCAAUAAAGGCGGUGCGCAAUUUUGGUUAUGGCGAAUCGAUUAUAUUCUAUCUGGCCUCUAAAAUCAUUGGUCUCUCAGCGCUGAUGUAUCUGGCAUUGCGGUCUCGCUUGGAUCUUUCAGAAACCGCUUGCCGCAAUAUUGGCUUCAUUGCCUAUGUCUUCCUCAUGUUUUCUUUCUUUUUGCUGGCAAUCAUAAGUUGGAAUUUCUGGUACAAUUUCAAGUCGAACCGUUUGAGCAGCUGGAAGCGAAAGUUAAUCUACAUGGUUGCCUUCGCCUUAGCUGUGGCUCUGAGGUUUUUGCUAAAAUUCAUACAGGACUCUAAUAUUUACCAGCAGCUGAAGCCAGGCAUAGGAGAUGCUUUUUGUUGGUUUGAUGUUCGUUUAUGGGGUAUAUUGUUGUACUAUUACAUACCCAUAGUCAUUUGUUUGGGGCUCAGCUUGACGCUCUACUUGAAAACAUAUUUAAUCCUUUGGAAUUUACCAGAAGACACCAUUAAUUUAGCCGGCUACGAUAUCAAGCUGAUAAAAGCGCAUUUUUAUGCAUUUUUCGCAUAUCUUUUUGGCGUUUCGUGUGUGUGGCUGCGCGAGUUCAUCGUCUAUCUGACAUUCCGUUUCAAUGGUCGAUACUUUGUUAUUGAUUUCGUAACUGGAGUUUGCGUCUUCGCUCUCUCUAUUUGCGGACUAAUAUUCCUCCUAUAUAAAAAUCCAUUGGUACGCGCCUGGUGGCACGUAAAUGUGACAUUUUACUUGCCUUACAGAACGGAUGACAGAACUGAGAACGGUGUCUACUUGACACAAAUUUACCGCCCGGAGAAAGCUCGGAUUGAUAAACUCAAAGACGGCUAUAAGGACGAGAUUAGAGAGGAAGAUAUGGCUUUGAAAUAAGAUUCCGUUGCAUUCGUGAAAAGGUGUGAGAAGUUAAAGACUCGCCAAAGGAGAACCUUCGCAAUACUUCGCCAAUCUAUUGCGAGAGUGUGAAUCAAACAAAAAUCGGAAUGAAGAUAUUAACGGAAAGUAGCAGCAGCUAAUAGCGUUCGAAUGUCAGUGUUAUUAUGUGUCGGAAUUUGAAGCUUAAUUUUAUUCAAAUGAACUUUAAGUAGCUGAUUU